AUGGUUAAGCCUAUUCCUAAACCAAGGAAAAGACUGCAGAAACCUGAGAAAGAAAGUUACGUAAAAUCCAGUACUGGUAGAUCAGAAAAGAAUAGUGAGUCAGAAGAAUCAGAAGACGAAUUUGUUUUACCAACAAAUCAAAGUAAGGACGCUUACACUUCUGAGAAGGAUAUAAGUGCAACAGCAGAAACACAUGAAAGUGAUGUUGACAUUGCUAUUGAAAUAGAAUCAAAUUUAGACGAAGACACAGAUAUUGAAGAUGGAGCUAUUGGCUGUCAAACAGACAACUUAGCAAGUGUUGAUGAUAAAGAAGAUGGAGAAACAUUAGAAAUAGCAGAUGAUUUGAUUGUAGAACAUCAACCUGAAGAACAGACUAUAAAGAAAGUAGAACAUAAGCAGUCUAUUGAAACAAUAAAACCACCAAAGCCACCUCCUAGAAGAUCUGAAAGACAAACUAAAAAACCGAAAUGGGCAGAAGAUUACCAUAUGAACCAAAUUACUUGUAUAAACUUUGAUGAGAAGAAAUAUGCAUUAAAUCAACUUUUACAAUCUGGAAUUUUACAUACUGUUAGCCCGGAAGUAGCAAAUAAACUGUGGGAAGCUGUGAUGAAAUGAUUGAAUUGCAAUAUAUUGAGAUAUCUGCAUACUACAGAUGUGAACAUUUUAAAUUGAAUUAAUGGAUAUAUUCUUUAGGAAAGAGUGAAGAAUGAUGAAUUUUAAGUAAAACUUAAAAAUCAUACUGAUAUAUUAUUUUAAACAUUAAAAUAAUAUUUGUUUCUUAUUUUCAGAACAAAAAGCUUAUUUUUUCAUUUGUAAAUUGCAUUUCUUUUCAGAAUUUGCAGGGGAUGAAUGAUUUACAUGUUCCUAGAAUUGUGAGGACACAAUUUCAUUAUCAGGGGAGGAAAGAGACUAUAUUAUUUAAAACAUUUUUUUUUUCAUAUUUAAUUGUUUUGAAGACAAUUAUAGAUGUUGAUUUCAGAAGGAUAAUCUCUGGACGGAAUUUAUAUUUAAAGUAUUAUCAUUGUUGUUAUACAUGUUUUAUUUAUUGAACAGCAUUAUAUUUUUUUGUGAAAAAUGAUGUGACAUCAUUUUCCGGAGAGGGGGAGAAUGUAGCAGUGCUAAUAUUUUAACAUUUAAUCAUUUUUUAAAAUAUUUAUAUUUUUGGUCAUGAUGUGCCUUUAAUGUUUACAGGCAUCAUUGGUCUUUAAUACUAGUGAGAACUUCUCACACAUUCCAAGAUAUUGUACAUGUUAAACUAUUUAUAAUCUGAGUUGACAGGUGUAUGUUUUCAUCCAAUCAGAUGAGAGUAUUCUUAUAUUGUGAUCACAUGACCAGGUUUGGUGUGUAGUUUCAAAGUUUUAGAGUUAGAGGAAGGUUGAUAUUUUGCUUUCUCUUUGAUAGUUUAUUUUAUAUUUAAAGUGUUUGGAGGAGAAUUGGACUAAGGUAUUUAUUCUUUUUGGUUUACAGUUGGUUAUCUAUCUCUAGAUUAAAUGGUUUAAAUUCUAUUAUGUGUAUUAUGGGUUUUAUAUGUCUUGGACUGAUUCGUGAGUUGUUUUGGAUUUUGUGUAAGAAUUUGUAAUGGAUGAUCUAAAAUACUAUUUCUCCUAUUCUUAACAUCUUGCAUGAAUAUAACCUUAACUUUACAGCACAAGUCACAUACACUGGAUGUUAGAGUGAUCGAUUGUUUGUGGAGGAAUAUUGAUAAAUAAUAUAGAAGACGGUACUUGUAUCACUCACAAGGCCCAUUAUUGUUUUGUGUUAUUUAGAUUGUAUAUACUAAACCGAAUAAAUAUCUAGCAAGAACCCUAUUGUGUUGUUUAACCCUGAGACCGUAG